AUGGACGGUCCAGAUCAGAUAGGUCCGGACUACCGGCCGAAGCGGACAUGGGGUGACAAAGCCCGCUCCCUUGUCAAAGCGUUCACUACAAAGGAGGGCCUCAUUGGAGACUAUGAUUACGCCUAUCUGUUCACCCCCAAUAUUCCCUUCAUUACGAAGAGGCGAAGCUCAGCACCAUUCUUCGGACUCGAAGACCGAGUUCCUGUUGUGUUGGCCCUGCUACUCGGACUGCAACAUUCGCUGGCGAUGCUGGGUGGAAUCAUUUCACCUCCCAUCCUGAUCGGUGGCACAGCUGGCGCCAACUUCGGAUCCGAAGACUACCAAUACCUCGUCUCAACUUCACUUAUUGUCUCCGGCAUUCUCUCCGCUAUUCAAAUGACCCGCUUCCACAUCUAUGGCACAAAAUACUACAUCGGGACUGGUCUGAUUUCUGUCGUGGGCAUUUCUUUUGCCACGAUCACUGUGGCAUCUGGGGCCUUCGACCAAAUGUACACAACCGGAUACUGCCCCACCUCUGAGGAUGGGACUAAGCUACCAUGCCCCAAGGGCUACGGUGCUUUGUUGGGAACCUCAUGUUUGUGUGCUCUGCUCGAAGUCGGUCUGUCUUUCAUGAGCCCCAAGAUCUUGAAGCGCGUCUUUCCACCCCUCGUCACCGGUCCUACUGUCCUCCUGAUCGGCGCCAGUCUCAUUCAGUCUGCUUUCGAGGAUUGGGCGGGUGGCUCCGGAACCUGCAGUGACAACCCUGGCAACGGUGCUCUGUGCCCGAGUGCAGAUGCGCCACACGCUCUUCCUUGGGGAAGUGCGGAGUUCAUUGGACUUGGCUUUUUGGUCUAUGUGUCGAUCAUCAUCUGCGAGCGCUUCGGUGCACCCAUCAUGCGAUCCUGUGCCGUUGUCGUUGGUCUGCUGGUUGGAUGCAUCGUGGCCGCUGCAUGCGGGUACUUUGAUCGAUCGGGCAUUGACGCUGCACCUGUGGCCUCCUUUGUCUGGGUUCGCACAUUCCCGUUGGUUGUAUACCCACCCCUGAUCCUACCACUGCUGGCAGUGUACAUCGUCGUUAUGAUGGAGUCGAUUGGAGACAUCACAGCCACGUGCGAUGUGUCCCAGGUCGAAGUUGAGGGACCCACUUUCGACUCGCGUAUCCAGGGCGGUGUUCUGGGUAACGGUAUCACCUGUAUCCUGGCAGGGCUCUGCACAAUGACUCCGAUGUCCGUGUUUGCUCAGAAUAACGGUGUCAUCGCUCUGACCAAGUGCGCCAACCGCACCGCCGGUUACUGCUGCUGCUUUUUCCUCAUCGUCAUGGGUAUCUUCGCCAAGUUUGCUGCCGCCCUUGUUGCCAUUCCCAGCAGUGUUCUCGGCGGCAUGACGACAUUCCUGUUCUCCUCCGUGGCCAUCUCCGGCAUCCGCAUUAUCUCCACCAUCUCCUUCACGCGCCGCAACCGCUUCAUCCUGACUGCCGCAUUUGCCGUUGGUAUGGGCGCCACGCUCGUGUCCGACUGGUUCGAUUACUUCUUCACCUACAGCGGCAACAACCGCGGCUUGACGGGUCUGUUGGACGCUAUUGAAUUGGUCAUGGAGAAUGGUUUCGCUAUUACCGCCCUGCUGGGGGUGGUGCUCAACCUGAUCCUUCCCGAGGAUCCGGAGGAAGAAGCGGCUAUUCUAGAUGCUCGGGGGGAUCACCGCCAGAGCGAGGACGUGAUGACCUCCUCUGAGAGCACACACUUCACGAAGGGAGAGCCAUCCGGCUCCCACACUGCAUGA